AUGAAUUCCCUUCACAGCCUCGUUGGCCUCCUUUUGUCGGCAAGCCUGGCAUCAUCCGGGCUUGUUCCUCGAGACGCCAGCAUCCCCAUUGCCAAUCAGACUUGCGAGAACGCCUCUAUUGAGCACGAUACACGUGAUACACGCGGUGCCCUGGUCAGCCAGUCGAAUGCUCCCGGUAACCUUGUCCGCCUCUCGAACAACGUAAUUGAGGGCGUCUCCAACUACACCUACGAUGAAUCGGGGGGUGAAGGAAUCACGGUCUACGUGGUUGACGGAGGCAUUCGUCUCACGCAUGAAGAGUUUGGAGGACGUGCCACUUUUGGCGCUUCAUUUAUACCCGAAUCACCUGAUGACAGUCACUAUAAGGGUCGCGGAACCCAGAUCGCUGGCAUUAUCGGUGGCGCAAAGGUUGGCGUCGCCAAGAAGGUAAAGCUUGUAGCUGUCAAAAUAACAUCUGAUUCGGUAUUACAUAUGGUAAAUGCGUUAAACUUUGUCAUUAGAGAUGUCAACAAGAAGGGCAUCCAAGGGAAAGCCGUCAUCUGCAUGCCAGAUCAGGUUCCCGCCAACACCAACAAGUAUAUCAAGUGGCUCGAUAAUACUUUUAAAAACGCCCUUGAUGCAGGGGUGGUGGUGGUGGUUGGUGCUGGCGACUAUAAUCAAGAUGCCGGCAACUUCUCCCCCGGAAGGCUUCCGAGCAUCAUCACCGUUGCAGCAAUGGAUCAUAGAACUGAUUUCCACUGGCCCGAUUCAAACUGGGGUUCCUCGGUUACCAUGUACGCUCCUGGCGUUGAGGUUGAGACUGCCGCCAACUCUAACGAUACCGCCACAAUAAAAACAUUGAGUGGCACAGACCUGGCUGCUGGCCACGUUGCUGGCCUCGCUGCAUACAUCAUGGCCCUCGAGGGCAUCACUGAGCCUGCCAAGGUCAUGUCCCGGCUGAUAAGUCUUGCCGAGGAAACGGGGUCCCGAGUCCAUUGGACGGCUCCCAACACGACCACCCUUGUUGCCACCAACGGACUGGCAGGUAGACUGGAUCCUGCCAUUGCAAACAAGCCCGUCAAGAAGCUCCGUUGGAUCAAGGGCUACGGCAACGUUGACCCUUACAUACCUUGUGGCGUCAACUAUAGGGAUGAAGAUUGCGGCACCUUGAUCUACUGUGAUUCUUACGACAGAUACCCUACAGCCAGGAAGGAAGGCUUCUUUAAAAGCACCCAGGAAUGUUUCGAUGCCCAUGAGCCAGCACCCAUUCUACCUUGGCGUGAAAAGCCAACGACUGUCCGUCCCGAGUCGUGCCACCUCGAGGAGAGUGCCGAAUGUCCGUGGGUGUGUGGCCAUCUUGACCUGGAUGCGUAUUAUACCGAGCACUAUUGUGGCACCAAGGUUUUCUGUGAGUUGCAUGACGAGGAGCACGCGGAGAACAAAGGCUACAGACCCACCUACUUGCAAUACAAGAAUGCAAAGGCCUGUUUCGACGGUCACGAGCCUCAACCUGUCUCUUCGAACCAAACCAUGCCAGCUGCUGCCACAUAG